CAUACAUACAUACAUAUAUAAAACAAAGAGUGCAAAUUUACAAAAUCCACCAAUGAAAAACAGCUUGAAUCUUGUUAAAAUCACAGCCAUUAGAGAUAAUGGAACAUAAUGCCGUACACCUAUUUGGCAUCUUGCUGAUCUACACAUUCGCGCAGCUCUGGGCAGCGCCUCCGUUCGGGGAUGGCAACAACAACAAUGUCAAGAUCACCAAACACAGUCUGGAGCUCACUCAGACGAUCAACAUACAGCGUCAGGAGUAUAUGCAGCGACAAUGUAAUCUCCUGCAUGCCGACAAUCAGACAGUGGACGAUCUUACAGACCAGCAAAUGGAUCACAUGAUUGUGGAUAAGGAGCACAAGCUGCUCUACUGCUACGUGCCAAAGGUGGCCUGCACGAAUUGGAAGCGGGUGCUGAUGCUCUUGACGGGCAAAUGGCAGAAUGGCACGGAUCCGUUGAUGAUACCUGGUGCGCUGGCCCAUUCGGUUGGCAUGUUUACCAAGUUCUCUGAGCUCAGUGAGGAGGAGCGCGCGCAGGUGUUCAGCGAGGAGUACACACGCUUUCUUCUGGUGCGACAUCCAUUCGAGCGGCUGCUCUCGGCAUAUCGCAAUAAGCUGGAAGGAGAUUCGCCCAGUGCCAAGUACUUUCAGUCGCGUGUGGGCCGACAGAUUGUGCAUGAGCUGCGACCGGGCGCUAGCAACGCGUCCCUGGAGCUGGGCAACGAUGUUCAGUUUGGCGAGUUUGUGCAGUAUCUGCUGACGCCGGAGCUGAGUCGUACCAAUCAGACGGAUUACAACGAGCACUGGGAGGUCAUUGCCAAGCUGUGUAAUCCCUGUGUCAUGAAGUACAAUGUUGUGGGCAAAUACGACACUUUGCUGGAUGACUCCGCUUUGGCGCUCUACCUGGCUGGUGCCAAGAACUUGACAUUCCCCACUGGCCACAAGCCGUCCACCACGCGUGCGAACCUUAGAAAGUACUUUGAUCCUCUGCCAAUUGGCGCCAUACGUCGUCUAUAUGAGAUCUAUGAGGACGACUUUCGUAUCUUCGACUAUGGCCUGGAUGACGUGUUGGGCUUUGAAUUCGGCUGAUAUCACUCUGAAUAUAUAUGCACAUAUAAGAAUUAUGUGAGAAUGCAUAUCAAUGUGAUUUGAAUUUCAAUAUCCAUGUCAUUUAUACCUGGCAUGCUUAUGAUGUCACUCACCAUUCAUGUCAUUAACCCUUGUGACCAUGACGCUUUCCAAUGGAAAACUUUGUGAUUUUAGCAUAGAAUUAGGGUAAACUCAACAAAUACUUAAUUCCAAUUGUUAUGUAAUUAGUUUGCAUUUAAUUCAGCGACAUGCGAAUAUUAACAUAGAAUAGUAAUAUUCUAAGGCGGUUUUAUGUUAGAAGUAACUAUAAAGAACUUUACAAAUACUUGUAUUACCAAUGCAUUACUUAAUU